UCACGCAAACGGUCAGUGCGCAUACACACGCUAUCACAGCCGCAGUGAUAACGCGCAUGGAAUAUAAAACGAACAUUAUAAAACCUCUUUCGAUUAAAAUUGUCAAAACUUUUUGGUCGCGCCAGUUUAUACGGACUCCGCGAAAAGUUUUUGAUCUGUGCGCAUUUUGGCGGGAAAAUUUUAACGUUUAAUUUGACUUAAAAAUUAAAAGUAAUUUAAUUUAAAGACUGUAAAAGUUCCUAUUUAAUUAUAAGUUUGUGAUAUUGUGAAUUAGUAAAAAUGGUGAACAAAGUGUACAAAGUCAAUUCGACAAAAGGAGAAAAGAUGGGGAGCAAACAUAAUCAAGUUCUGAUGUCUAUAGUUGUAUGCAUGCCGAUCCUGGCCUACGGAACAGCCAUGGGCUGGAUCUCGCCAAACAAGGCGCUUCUCAUGGGCGACUACUCGCCCUCCACGUCGCCCUUGUCAGAAGAAGACGUAUCCUGGAUGGCGUCCAUCAUGUUUAUUUUCGCGCCCGUAGCUGUGUUUGUCUAUGGCGUGGCAGCUGACAAGUUUGGGAGAAAGAACGCGCUUUUAUGUGCUUCAGUUCCUAUAGCGCUCGGCUGGGCAGUCAAGUUGAUAAGCGCGCACCCUAUCGCGCUGAUCGGCGCACGUGCACUCAUUGGCUUCGGCUCGGGCGGCGGUUUCGUGGUGUGCCCUCUCUACGUGAAGGAGAUUAGCGAGGACAGCAUACGAGGCAUGACUGGCACCUUCGUUAUAUUCUCGCAGACGAUGGGAAACCUGCUGGUGUUCAUACUGGGAGACCUGCUACCCUUCCACACGGUGCUAUGGAUCUUGCUGGCGAUCCCUCUGAUCCACUUCUGCAUCCUUCUGCGGCUGCCAGAGACUCCUUCCUACCUUAUCAAGUCUGGAAAGAAUGAGGAAACUGUCAAGGUCCUGUGCUGGCUACGGUCUCUUCCAGAAGACGACAAGUCGAUCAGCGAGGAGGUGGACAGGCUCAUCAUAGAACAGACCACCAGCGAGCUGAAGUUCUCUCCAAGAUUGUUGUUCUCUGACAAAACCACAGUCAAAGCCUUCUGGGUGGCGCUGAUAGUGAAUCUUACUCGAGAGUUCUGCGGCUGCAUCGCUGUCUUAGUCUACGCCAGCCACAUCUUCGCUGAAGCUGGAAAAGAUCCUAACACCAGCAUCGCCCUGUCGCCCAACAAGCAGUCGAUUCUGCUCGCUGCUGUCCAGAUCUUUGGGUCGUUUUUGGCGUGCCAGCUUGUGGACAGAGCUGGAAGGAAGCCUCUGCUAGCAGUUACAAGCGUAGUGGCCGGCUUCAGCAUGUGCCUCCUGGGCGCGUGGUUCUACCUGCAGAGCGUGGGCGUGGCCAUGCCAGGGUGGGUGCCCAUCGUGGCGUUAUGCGUGUGCAUAUUCGCUGAUGCGUCAGGCCUACAGCCCCUGCCGUUCGUGAUAAUGACUGAGAUGUUCAAUUUCCAGCUCCGAGGAACGGUAGCCACACUGAUCAUGGCCAUAUCCCUUGGCACAGACUUCGCUCUGCUCAAACUCUUCGCACCCCUCAACUCUUGGAUUGGAUACCAUUCCACCUUCUGGAUGUUCAGUGUCAUAUGUCUUUCGAACGUCUUCUACCUUAUUUUCUGCGUGCCAGAAACUAAGAUGAGGAGUCUAGAGGAUAUUUAUGCAGACUUGGAGGGAAAGAAGAGAGAAAAGAAAGGGGAGGAUGUGGUGGAAAUCAAUCAUGUGUGAAUAGGACUUUGGAAGUCUAAUGGAUUUAAUUGGGGGUUAAUAAAGACGAAUGUCCUGUGAAGAAUACAUUCUGUGAAUUAUAAUCGUGGCUGAUAAAAGACAAUAAUGUUAAGAUUGUGAAUGCUAAAAUACUGAGGGCUAUAAAGUACUAAA